AAUUAAUAACCCGGAAGCGAUCACCAGUGCGGCGCUGUUUAAAGAUGGCGGCGGAGGAACCUCAGCAGCAGAAGCAGGAGUCGCUGCCCAGCGACUCUGAAGGUGUUAACUGUCUGGCCUAUGAUGAAGCCAUUAUGGCUCAGCAGGACCGAAUUCAGCAAGAGAUUGCUGUGCAGAAUCCUCUGGUGUCAGAGCGAUUGGAACUGUCAGUCCUGUACAAGGAGUAUGCUGAGGAUGACAACAUCUACCAACAGAAGAUCAAGGACCUCCACAAAAAGUACUCAUACAUACGGAAGACCAGGCCUGACGGCAACUGCUUCUAUCGAGCAUUCGGCUUCUCCCACUUGGAGGCCCUGCUAGAUGACAGCAAGGAACUGCAGCGGUUCAAAGCAGUGUCUGCCAAGAGUAAAGAGGACCUGGUGUCCCAGGGCUUCACUGAGUUCACAAUCGAGGACUUCCACAAUACGUUCAUGGACCUUAUCGAGCAGGUGGAGAAGCAGACCUCAGUAGCUGACCUGCUGGCCUCCUUCAAUGACCAGAGCACCUCAGACUACCUUGUGGUCUACCUGCGACUGCUCACCUCAGGCUACCUGCAGCGGGAGAGCAAGUUCUUCGAGCACUUCAUAGAGGGUGGCCGGACUGUUAAGGAGUUCUGCCAGCAGGAGGUGGAACCCAUGUGCAAGGAGAGCGACCACAUCCACAUCAUCGCACUGGCCCAGGCCCUCAGUGUGUCCAUCCAAGUGGAAUACAUGGACCGCGGUGAGGGCGGCACCACCAACCCACACGUCUUUCCUGAGGGCUCCGAGCCCAAGGUGUACCUUCUCUACCGACCUGGACACUACGAUAUCCUCUACAAAUAGGGCCGGCUGGCUGACUGUGCCCUGCCUGCCUCCCCUGCCAGGCGCUAGACAUGUACAGAGGGUUUUCUUUCUUUUUUUUUUUUUUUUCCUUUUUUUCUUAUUUCUUUCUUUUUUUUUUUUUUUUUUUUGGUUGUAAAUGGUCAUAUUUCACUCCUCCCUUUUCCUGUCAUAGAACCUUCCAUGUUUUAUUAAAGGGGACGCUGGUGGAGAGCCCGAGUGUGCGUUUCCCUGCUCCGCUGCCCUUCCCACCUGCCUGCUGGCUGCUGUGUGUCUGGCUGUCCCUUUCCCUGGGAUGGGUCCCCUCGCUUUCUACCUAUCUACCGCCAAGCAUUCCUGCCAAGAGAAGUUUGAGGGGACUAGGCCAUCAUGGGCCCCUUCUGGUUCUUAGAGUUGUGCUUUCUACCCAUAGGCCUGCCCUUUCUUCCUUAGCCUCCCAAGGGUUUCUGUGGGAACUGCUCAAGUUCCUUGGGAACUUGACCAGAAGUCUCAAGCCACCCGUACUCACAACACUUACAGACUUGCUAUUCUGGCAAGGGCCCCAGAUCACAACUCUCUGCCCAUCUUCAGGGGUCUGCAUGAUUGAGAAAUCCUGGGGUGAGAGUUUAUGGGAAGAAGCUGGCCUAGAGUAGGUAGAGGAACCAGGCAUCCUCACUGGGCCCUUGGAGGAGCUGACCUAGUGUGAGAGAAAUGUUCUUAGUAGGGCUUCCCUGUUACCUGUUCCCCGGAGUCCCCUGCCUGUGCCUGCUCUGCACCCCUCUGCUUGGGCCAUAUCUGCAUUACUUGCUCUUCGCCUUCUCCUUCCUCCCCCCGCACAUGUGGGGUCUCAGCCCAGGCUGUGAGCUCCUUGGGGGCAGGCCCUCAAUAAAUGUGAAGUGCUGCUGCUGC